AUUCUUUUUCGGAGAGUUGAUUUUAUAUGGCGUCGUUGAUAACAUUUUUAAUAUUGUAAAAAUUGCGAAAGUGCGAUAAACAUAAUUUUAAAAUAUAAACAAUACUUCGACAUUAGCUGCAUUUAAAAGCAACAACAACAUAAACGGAACAACGUAAUACGUGCUUCGCGUCAGUGUUUGUUUACCUUAAGAGAAAAAUUGUGAAAUUGUUGAGAUAGUAUAAAUUUUUAAAAAGUAGGAAAAUUUUUUGAAGUGUUGAGUUGAAAUGUCCGGUGGUUCCCUAAUUGCAUUAAAAGAAGAAGCUGUUGAAUCGGGCGGUGCUGCUAGCGCCUCCGGCGGUAGUGUGGGUAGCGCAACGCAAAACCCAACUGAGGCUGGUGGUACCAAUGACGCACCGCCCGAAACCUCACGCCAAAUUAGCUUAACGCGUAUAACGCAGCGUAAGCAAAAAAUGAGCACCCUCCCAAUCUCACAAAAACUGGCUAAGCUAUCCAUGUACUCAGCAUGCCAAGUUGAAGGUUGUCGUUGUUCCGGCUGGAAAGCACCUCAGGAGAAUAGACAUCGAGAUAUUGGAUCGACAUAUUGUCCAGAAUUUAAUGAAGAAUGUCGCAAUAGUAGCUGUCAUCAUUCGUUGCAAAGUCAUAUUGCACAUCUUGAUGGUAUAUCAGCUGUGCAUAUGAAUGAACUUCUUGGCGCUAUAAUUGAUAUGGAAAAUUUGUUUAUGUCAAUGCAAAGAAUUGAAGAUGAAGACACUAAAAAGGUCUAUAUGUACUUGUUUCGUUUGCUACGUCAUUGCGUACUAACUCGUCAACAAGCCGUGAUUCGUGGACCACUGGGUGAUCCACCAUUUGAAACACCUUGCAUAGCAAAAGCGAUAUCCUCACUAGUAUUUUACAAAUAUAAUCACUUAAGCCAAAAUGAAUUGCAAACUAUGACUGAAGUUGCAAAAACAUUUUUAAACUUUUUAAAUCAUUACAAUUUUGAAACACCAAAUGCGCGCCGUGCUGAUCUCUCUCUGGAGGAUGCUUCAACAUAUAAAAUUAACUAUACGCGUUGGUUAGUGUUUUGCCAUGUACCUGCAUUUUGUAAUUCGUUGCGUCAUUUCGAGACAUCGCUUGUUUUUGGCCGCACGCUGCUACGUACUGUGUUUCCCUGCAUGGCCAACCAACUUCGUAAAAAGUGCAUUAACGAACGUGAUCGCUUUCCAAUGGAUAAGCGCUCUAUUAUAACACAAAUGCCAAAAUUUUUGGAAGCACUCAAAGCUGAACUACUGAAGGAUGACUCUCCAAUUUGGGAUCAGUCUUAUAGACCGCCACCAGCUUUCUACUUGCAGCAGCGCAAGCGUCAACAGGAAGGUGUGUCCAGCACUACAAACUCUGGUAGUAGCAAGCGAUCACUUGGCGAACCAGCUAGUAAAAGAGCCAAAAAAGAACCGAGCGAACGCUCAAUGGGAGAUCAUCAUGCUGAGGAUCUAUCUGAUGAGGCAGUCUUACGUGCUAUGAACGCAGUUAACGAAUCGAAGGCAAUUAACAAAUCAGAAAUUCUCUUCCCGGAAAAUGUUUCUCGUGACGCAAACGUAAAAGCUGAAGAACAACAGCGUGCUAUAGAGUUCCAUAUUGUAGGCAAUUCGCUAACCAAACCGGUAGAUAAACAGACAAUGCUAUGGUUGCUCGGUUUGCAAUCUGUGUUUUCACAUCAACUUCCAGAAAUGCCACGGGAGUAUAUAAGCCAACUAGUGUUUGAUACAAAACAUAAAACUCUUGCCUUAAUUAAAAAACAACAGCCAAUUGGCGGCAUUUGUUUUCGACCGUUUCCUACUCAAGGAUUUACAGAGAUUGUUUUUUGCGCAGUUACUAUGUCUGAACAAGUGCAGGGUUAUGGUACUCACCUAAUGAACCAUCUUAAGGAUUAUAGUAUUCAGCGUAAUAUACGUCAUUUGUUAACGUAUGCGGAUCGCGAUGCAAAUGGUUAUUUCAGAAAACAGGGCUUCUCUAAGGACAUCAAACUUGCUCGACCAAUUUAUGCAGGCUAUAUAAAGGAAUAUGAUGGCGCUACGCUUAUGCACUGUGAAUUGCAUCCAUCCAUUGUCUACACACAGUUUAUAUCAGUUAUACGGAAACAAAGUGAAAUACUUAAGGAUCUCAUUGCACAACGACACAAUGAGGUACAAAAGGUGCGUCCAGGUUUGACAUGCUUUAAGGAAGGUGCAAAAUCAAUACCAAUUCAAGCUAUCCCAGGUUUACGUGAAAUUGGUUGGAAACCACAACGUUCAUCACGUCCGGAAGAAUCUAUUGAUACAGAAAAACUAGCAGCGUCGUUCGCUGCUGUUUUACAAUCAGUACGUCAACAUAAUGCUGCUUGGCCAUUUCUACUUCCAGUAUCAGUAGAAUUAGCCCCCGAUUAUUAUCAUCAUAUCAAAUAUCCAAUGGAUCUAGAAACUAUGGGUGAACGUCUUAAGAAAGGUUAUUACGUCACACGACGCCUAUUUAUGGCAGACAUGGCACGCAUCAUAUCCAAUUGUCGCGCAUAUAACUUACCGGAAACAAAAUAUUAUCGUUGUGCUAAUUUAAUAGAACGUUACUUUCAGACUAAAAUGCGUGACCUUGCCUUAUGGGACAAAUGAUGUCACGUGCUAAAUAUCGGUAUGGAUGAUGACGGCGAUGAUAAUGAAGAUGUUGACGAUGAUACCACUUUUGAAAAUAAAGACAACGACAAGGACGAACUGAAUGAGGAAAAUGAUAGAUUAGACAAAUUUACAAUAAAUGCAACAAACUUGAAUUUAACUAUCGAUGCAAACAAUGUAAUCAAAAAAAGCGCCGUCAUAACAACACAAAACUAAAAUUUUUUUUGUUUUUAUAGUUUAAA